UAAUAGCAUUUUCCCUUACCCCAUGGAUGCUGUACCAUAGUAACACUGGCAGAAUCCCAUUAAUCCCUGUUGGCGUAUUCGACGGUCUGCCCACAUUAGCUUAUUCUGUAUGUCCAGCUGCGACCAAUUGGACGCUGUGAACAGUCCAACCGACAUCACCAAUACAUACGGGCUUGACCUAGACACUAUAUAUAACAUUACCCUCAAGUUUUUUGCAGAGAAAGCUGAUAAGGCUUUCCAUGUUACAUUUGAUGAUCGUAUGCACCUUUCUGCACUUGGUUUGCAAGCGAAGUACGGAAAAUGUGAUAGAAGCAAAACCCUACCCCCGGGAUUUUUCGAUUUUGUGGGUAAAAGACGCAUCGCACAGUGGGAGUCUCUUGGAGAUAUGAACCGGGAUGAGGCCAAGCUGGAAUUCAUUGGCUUGAUAAGUAAACUAUGUCCAUUCUUCCAAUCGCAUCUGGAGGCCUACUCACGGAAUACUAUGGGAAGUUCACUUUCACCCCCUACGGCCCCGGAAGCACAGAUUCAUUGUGAGGAUCCCCAUGAACUAACCUCAUCCGCUCCCCUCUCGGCAAUGAACAGCGAUCCAAUAGCGUUUAUCACACAAAACGAAGCGGCAAUCAGAGCGGCUCUGAAUGAGCAAACACACGAACAAUUCAUGCAAUAUGCCUCACAGCAUUACCCCUCAGACCUGUCCAAACAAGCUGAGCUAAUCGCUCAUCUGCAAAAGCGCCACUUUCACGAAUACGUUGCAUAUGUAGAGCAGCAGUGUCGUCAACAAUUCAAGCAGUCACCGCAGCACCCGCACACCGCUUCAGAUAUCCCAUCGGCCGCUUUGUGCAACCGUCGCCCACCUGGCUCAGCUGCGCCCGAAGUAGGAGACAUAUCCGCAGACUCAGUGCUCCCAAUGGCUACACCAAACACUCCACUGCCCGGUGACAAUUUACAACAAAUCACCUCUAGGACAGUAACACCGUCCAAGUUUGUCGCGGCCGAUUCCAGCAAAGAGAAACUACCUUCAGAUGUUUGUUCAAACCCCUCACCAGAUGCCAGCAAUGAUCAGCUCGCGGCAAGUGAAUCGCCCUCCUCCAGUCUCAAUGGCCAGAUGACUUCCGUGUGCCCCGCGGACUCACUGAUUCGUCCGGCAACUAUGUGGACUCGGGCAGAAAUGCACGAGUUCAAGGAGCAUUUGGCCGAUUCUAAGGAUGCCGUCUUUCAAGUUGGUUGUGGCGAGGUUAUAACGAUUCGUGUUCCUGUUUACCCUUCGGGUACCAGUAUCGUGUGGGAGUUUGCCACCGAUGAUUACGAUAUUGGGUUUGGAUUGUUUUUCGAGUGGUCUUGUGAGGACUCGGAUGAAUCAACGCAUUUGCUUCAAAUGAAAGGCGAGCAUGAUACCUCCAAUCGGACGGAUGAUUUGUCCACCGUAACGUCAUCACCACAGAUAGAAGAAAUCAUCCCUAUAUACCGGCGCAAUUGCCACAAGGAAAUCUACUGCGGAUCGCAUGUAUAUCCAGCAUUGGGCACUUAUUUGCUCAAAUUUGAUAACUCAUACUCAUUGUGGCGCCAGAAGACUUUGUACUGUCGCGUUUUCUAUACCUGUUCAUAACCUGAUCUACAAAUGACCUUCAUCUCGGUUUCUCUAUGCAGUGUGGCGUCGUUUCUAGAAAUUAAUGGUUCCACCAACUGCAACUUGUGUCAUUGUUUCGCAGUCCAUUGAACUCGACACGCGUUCCCUAUGAGUAUGGGGCGCGAUAAACUUUUUACUUUUAUGCGAACAUUGGUCCUUCUCCGUUUCUCUCGUUUUUUCCACUGGGGUUGUCUUUCAUCGGACUCUUCCCGAUCACUUGUGAUACGUGUGUAAUGUUCUCUGUGAACAGGAAAUACAUCUGAUCUGCAUAUCAA